CGGAAAUGCCAGUUCACACGCCCAUGUGAACUUUUCUAGGUGUUGUCAUCAGCUACAAGCGUAAUAAUAAGUUGGUAACUUUAAUAUUCGUGCACGUAUUACUUCUUUGAAUGCAGCGUCCGAGUGUCUGCGCAGUGUGACAGAGAAUGGCAUCCGAAGCUGUUUAUACGCACAGAGAUCCGAUGCUAAAGAAGAGAGAUGACUUUGAGGACAUUUUGGAGGAGAGGAGAAACUCCAGUGACCUGAGAUAUGCCCUCAGAUGUUACAUUCCUGUUCUUUACAAAGAAUUGACUCCCUGCAAAGCCAGCGAGCUGAAGAGCAUGGUGCUGCAGUCUGAUCAGCUGCGUUAUGUCAUCAAUCAGGUUUGUAAAGAAACGGGCAUGGCUGCAGAUGAAGUCCAGGCGGAGGCAGCAGCCAUCUUGGAGGAGAUGGCUCACCGCCUGCAGCUCAGUACAAUUCGCUUCUUUGCCUUCACUCUCAGCAAAGUCUUUAAAACCUUGUUCAGGAGCAUCUGUGUCAAUGAGGAGGGCAUCCAGAGACUCCAACAGGCCAUUCAUGAGCACCCGGUUGUUCUCCUACCGAGUCACCGCAGUUACAUGGACUUCCUGUUGAUGUCAUACAUCCUGUACACCUACGACUUGGCUCUCCCUGUCAUCGCUGCUGGCAUGGAUUUCAUGGCGAUGAAGUUUGUUGGAGAGAUGCUGCGAAUGUCUGGAGCUUUCUUUAUCAGAAGGUCGUUUGGUGGAGACAAACUAUACUGGGCUGUGUUCUCAGAGUAUGUCAAGACUAUGCUCAAGAAUGGAUUUGCACCUGUUGAAUUUUUCCUGGAGGGAACCAGAAGUCGAACAUGCAAGUCUUUGACUCCAAAGUUAGGUCUGCUGAAUAUAGUGAUGGAUCCAUUCCUUAAAGGGGAAGUGUUUGAUGUUAGUUUGGUCCCCGUGAGCAUCAGCUAUGAGAGGAUCCUGGAGGAGGCGCUCUAUGCCAGAGAACUGCUGGGUGUACCAAAGCCGAAGGAGUCCACUUCGGGUUUGUUUAAAGCCAGAAAGGUCCUCAGUGAAGACUACGGUAGUAUCCAUGUGUACUUUGGUCAACCUGUGUCUGUCAGAAGUUUAGCUCAGAACAGAGUGGACCGCUGCCAGUUCAACCUGAUACCAAGACACAUCCCCAGAAAGCCCGGUGAGGACAUCCACAGCUUUGUGAACGAUUCGGCCUACAGGCUGGUGCGGGCCCAGGAGGAGAACAUGGUCCUAAAGCCAUGGGUUCUUCUAGCCUCCCUGCUGCUCCAGAACCACCACCAGAUGCAGGUGGCAGAGCAGAAGCAGGAGAUGGCACUGGAUGAGCUGACUGAACAAGCUGUGUGGCUCAGGGACCUCUCCAGGCAGUAUGGAGCCUUCCUCCACUGGCCUGACCAUGUAUCUCCUUCUGAGGCUGUUUCCUCCAGUCUUUCACUUCACCGAGGUUUGGUGAGGAUCUCUGAGGGAAGAGUCCAGCUGGCAUUUGAACAAGCAGGAGGACAGACUAGACCAGGAGAGCCUUGCAGUACUGUUACUCCAGAAGAGGAGCUCUUGAACCAGGCUGUCAUCAUACUAUCGUGCGCCUCCUACAGGAAUCAGGCCCUGCACAUCUUCCUCCGACCGGCCCUGCUAGCCUCAGCCAUCCACACCGCCUCCUCCAGCAACAAACAGGAAGUCUACAACAGCUUUAGCUUUUUGAGAAACAUGUUUUCCAAUGAGUUCAUCCUCUGCCCUGGAGCUACAGUGCAGGACUUUGAGGAGGCCUGUUACCUGCUGGUGAAGACUGGCGCUCUGCAGAUCAACCAGCAGGAGUUUGUAGUAACGGAGAGAGGACACAGGACUCUGGGCUUCCUCACUAGAAUGCUAGAUCCCUUUUUACAAGGAUACCAGGUGGUGUGUAGGUUCCUGUGUGAAGAUGCGACAGAGGGUCUGACAGAAAAACAGUUUGUUCCUGCUGUCCGGAAGUUCAUCAUCAGACACAUUCUAACAGGUAGACUACGGUACACUGAGGUGUUGUCGUCGGACCUCCAGAAGAACAGUCUGGCGGCUUUGCUGAGACUUGGAGCUGUGCAGAAACUCAAAGGAGGAGAGGAGCAGGGGACUUUAAAGGUCAACAAGGUGAUGGUGAACUCAUUGGAAGACACUCUAGGAGGAAAACUCCCCACUCAGAAAGCUGUCGUCGCUCGCCUCUAAUUUGCUGACCUCAUUAACCAAAGGGGACUGAGGACAGUCAGCGGCGUGGGCCGACAUUGCUGUGCUCUACACGGUACGGUACGAGUGGGCCCAACUUGCCACAAAGACGGGCCAACCAAGCGGCUUUCUAUGAGAGAUGGAACAAAAGAGUUGCCAUCUGGAGACAACUCAACCCCUUUCAUUGAGGUUUCCUUUAAUUUGGCUGUCUCUUCUCCUCACCACUCUUUUCAAAAGGCGUUUUGUCUUUCUCAGACUCUUCUCUUAAAAUCCUUUUUAUAAACCUACAUUAAAGCAGAUAAUGAGUGAAGCCUUUGAAGGUAUAUUGCUAAGCUCCUUUGGCUCAUUCUGAAUUGCUGACCCUUUGCUAUGAGCUGCCUUGUGAAAGCCUCUGAAUGUGCCAACUCCACUCAGAACAGGCGCCUUUUUCCAUUAAUGCAUUUGAUAUGUAUCCUCUAACACUCAGCUUGGCUUUUGUUUGUGUCCUUCUCAGUCUGCUCUUUUAUCUGAGCUUUGUUUUGUCUGCGUUUGUCAUCAGUUGUUAGUCUGUCUUGUCUUUUUUGAGCACUUUAAUGAUUUAUUUAUGCAAAAAAGGUGUGGAUCUAUAUCUUAACUCUGUCUUCUCAUUUUGCUUUUGAGUUCAUAGUUUAACAUUUGGUGAAAAUGAUUUUCUUGUGUACUGGAUAAGGUAAAGAGUUUUUAUGUUUGAGACCCAAGAAUAGCUUAAACCAGGUGCCACAGUUGGAUUUAAACCACCCUGGGUCAGCUUUGCCACCCACCCUUAGGCAUUUUGCCAACACUCCAAGCUAUGCGGACAAGCAGUACAUUUGUUUACACGGUGGAUAUAUUGCUGCAAGUAUAAUGUCAGUGUCAUUAAGUUGCCAAACUUAUAUAAAAUUGAAGUUACUGAAGCACUACCAGCGACGCCAAAGGAACACAUUUUUGCUCACUCUUUGGGAUAAUUUGUCAUGUUUUCAAGUUUAGAAUAGUUACUGAAGUUGCUAUAUACUGUAAGUUAGAGUUUUUUUAAAGUCUAAAAAUAUGAAAGGUUUAAUAUUCUUCCUUUAUUUAUAUGGAAGGAAUUGAUUUGCAGUUGAUAUAAUUUUGCUAAAAGAAACAAAGAAAAGGCAAAAUAAGGAAAAAUAGCAAAAUGGAAACUCAGAGUUACAGUGAAUGCUGAUAAAAUGUCACUGUAGGAGAGGAGUCAGUUUUUCAAAGGAACCAUGCCAACAGAUGCUUUUAACUCUCAGGAUUAUACACUUAGCUGACGUAGUGAUGAGAAGUGUGUGUGUGUGUGCUUUUUCAGACUUUCCAAAUUAAAACUAGUUCAGUUUAAAAACCCUCACAUUGCAGUUAUAUAUUUGAUAAAACCUGUCUGUGCACUGUUGUUUCCUUGAAAUCUCAACCCAGUGUCAGCAAAAGAUUGAGGUUGUACUGACACAGACGAGCUGCUUUGCAGGCAAAGAAAAAACAUUCCUGGUUGAGUUAAACUUUGAGGCAAAACAAGGCUAAACAUCCACAAGUUCUCUGGCUUAGUCACCUCAGACCAAAGGUUUGGUGGGCUUUGAUGAGAUCGCCUCAUUUUUGCUACAGAUGCAGACACUCAAUUUUGAUUCUAAGGUAGCAUUCAUUUGCAUUUAAGCAUUGCAGAUAGCUUGAUUUAUAUCAAUUUCUUAAGCUGCUAUCUUUAAACCUUCUGUAGGAAAGUUAGUAACUGUAAACACGUCUUGCAGUAGUGUCAUACACUAAUGGUCUAUCAAGUGUAAAAUUAAAUUGAUGUGAGUCCUGAGCAGUGGAACCAACUGAAGUAAAGGACCAGAUUUCAGAAAUUGGUGAUGCCAUUAAGAGAGUAUAAGCAUUCCUUUCAAUGUUAUCUGUUGAACUAAUUAAACAUGUUGGCUAAUUAGUUUUGUCAAUGGGACAAUAUCUGUGCACCUUUUUGCUUGUUUUUCUGACUGAUCCCAAAUGUUGAUUUGAAAUAUCCCUGAAACAAAUGAGGUACAGUAGCUAGUUCGGCCAUUUGGUCUUUUGAACCAGCAACAAGAGAGCGAUUGAUCUCACUGACAGGUUGAGGGCUGUGCGCAGGCUGAUACAGUAGCGACCUAUCAAUCCCAAGGUCGCCCUACCCUAAAUAAUCCGCUGCCUCAUCAUCAGCUUAACUCUAAAUGUUACAUGAUGUUCAUUUUUUAAAAUUAUGGCAUGAGAAAAAGUCUUGAAAGUAGCAGUUGACCGUAAACUCACAAGAAAACAUUUACUGAAUGAGAAGCAGGGGCAUUUUCCUCAUACACAUCAUAAACAUCUGUUUCUCACAAACAUCAGGCUUUUGUUUGUAACCAGAAGAGUUGCCCCCUGCUGACUGUUAGAAAGAAUGCGGGUUUAAGGCACUUUUGUAUUAAAUGGCAUAAAAGAUUCUGCCCUGCCCAAAACUACUGUAGCUUCAGUUAAAAACAAAACAAAACAAAAAACAAUACCUACAAGGUCUCCCCUUUAGAUCAGUUACUCUGUUAUUUAUCCAUCUGUUCUUAUGAUUUAGCCACUUUAUCAUGUAUUGGGUUGCAGGGGCUGGAGACUUUCUGAGCUAACAGUGGGCAAAAUGGUGUGCACCAUGGAGAGAACACUGGAGUCACUCACAACCAAUUUAGAACCACUAGUGAACUGACUACACCCACUACGAACUGUGGAAGAAAGCCAGAGGAGGUUCAGACCUUGCUGUGAAGUGGACCACUGAAAUUUACCUUCCACUUUAAAACAAGUCUAACUAGCCCUCUGCCUUUUUGCUUCCAUUAUUGUCAUUCGUCUAAUAUGAGAUCUGUAAACUUUCAGUCUCAUAGGUUAACUCAACCACCAGCAAUGCAGCUCUGCAACAAAAAAAUCUUUGUAGAACAACAAUCUGUAAGUCAACACACCAUCCAAAGUCUACAGUGUGCUAUAUUUGUGGUUGUGUUUUUUUGUUUUUGUUUCCCAAAAUCAAUAACGGCUUUUAUAUAAUGUCCAAAUAAUUGAUUUAUUUGUGUGUGGGUUGAAUUAUGCUUAAGUGUAAGGCCUGUUGGUACCGAAUGUACUGUCUGGUGAAUUACAAAAGCAUGUCAUUAAAGCAUUUGAAAUACAA